AUGCUUCGUAAAUUUCGGGUUCCCCGAGUAAGCACUCUCCGUGGAAAGUCUACUGAUGUUGAUAUGUUUAACUUUGGCGAUCUACAAUUCGAAGAUGGCUUGGCCAUUCAACACGGCGUGCCUGCAAAUAAGCUAUCUGCUGCAGCGAUGGCCCCACUGGCUGAGUCUAGACAAAAUAAAGAUAAGCUUGAUAAUUUUAUCCAUGUGUCUGACGUUCAAGGCUCCUCGCAAUCAAUCAGAAUAGGAAUCAACUCUAACAGGGUGGAGACAAACGUAAACCGGAACCCGAUUCUUGUUGAUUUACAUGACAGAUUCCAAGUCGACAUUCAGCAGAUGAAGAAGAACUGUCAUCUUUUUUAUAAAGAUCAUCGCUACGGCGCCAAAUAUGUUCAAUUGAUUGAGCCGGAAGAAUAUUUAGCGCGGACAAAUUUCAUAAUUCGAAAUAUAUUGAAGAUAGCGAAGCGUAAUCAUGUGGAUACGAACAUACUUGUCGGAAAAAUGAUUACUAGAGCCCCGCUGUUGCUGGAUCCAAAGUUGUCCGAGAGAUCAUUCGGAGGAGGGUAUAUCGAAGAAAACUGGAAGAAAAACUUGGCGCUUUUGAAUAAAGAAAUCGGCCUGACAAAGGAUGAAAUUUCGACAACCUUGGUGCGCUGUCCAGGUCUCCUUACAUAUCCGAUAACAAGAAUGCAAAAAGCAAUCGACACUUUUAAGAAUCUUGGUGAUCUAGUAGAAAAUGUAUCCCUUUACUUUUCCGACGAUGACUUGCGAAAGAUGGUUCUUCUCGAUCCUGACAUCCUGUUAGAAAAUUCUGAGCAUAUAAAGGCCACUGCCCGAAUCUUCUUCAUGCACGACUUUACACUAGUGGAAUCUAAAGCCAUCUCAACUCAGAAUCCUAGUUGUUUGACGUCAAAGCUUUUUUCGAUUGAUGUAACUUCGAACCGAUACACUGAUCUAGAUAAACAACUUUUCUUUCUGCUCCACGAGGCGGGCUUCACCACCAAGCAGAUCAGAUACAACCCGCUUUUACUAACAACUGAGAAGGCCGUGAUAACUGAAAGACUUCUCUUUUUGCGAGAAACGAACAGGAUGAAUUUUGACAUAAACGCCGAAGGAAGUCCAGAGCAUGUGCCUAUUGAUGCACUUUGUCAAGUGUUCGGUUUUCACUCAAAGAUAAUCCUUAGAAAUGAUUUAUUGGAAUCAAGAUAA